AUGUACGAGAAACUGUACAUAAAAGAAGAGCUCGUAAUUAUGCCUUUAGGAAAAAAAAUACUAAAAGAAGAAGCUUUACUAACGAUCCAGCAUCAGUUUAUUCCGGUAUUUGAACAUGAGUUUUUAACAACUGUAGAUGAACUGAAAAUACCAAGCUUACAUUCGAAUAACAAUGGAGACGAAGAGCUAUUUCUAGUGCAAGAAAAUAACAUCGAGCCCCAGACAAUAUUAGUAAAUGAUGUUCCUGAUAAUCUAAUAGAUGAUGGUGUUCAAAGGGAGCAAGACUUGAUAGAACCACCUUUCAGUCAACACGCCUGUAAGGAUUCGAAGAAUCUACAAGAAAUCGAAGCUCCAAAAUUGCCACCGUUUUGGUUGUAUAUACCCGAGCCCAAUGGAUUUGUAUUUAUGCGAAUGGAUCCAACAACUCAGCAGAUCAAAAUUCGGUUACGCUUAAACAAGGAUACAUCUAUUAAUGUUCUUUUUCCUAACAAUGACGAACUGCCUCUAAACGAAAAAAUUAAUUCAUUAAGUUGUAUCUAUGACUACUUGAAAUCAGUGGAAAGAUGGCCUUUAUGUGUUGGUACUCAGAUUGACAGUAUAAAGUAUUCAAAACUUUGUAAAAAUGUGAUUGUUGGUGAUAACACUUAUAAAAGGAACCAAGCUAAUCCAAGAUGUAAACCUUGUCGAAUAUUACGGAAUCGAUUGCAGAGUCGAAAGUCGACUUCAAUUAAUUUGGAAACAACAAUUGCUAAAAAAAGACAUGCUUCAAAUCACAGCGGAAUGAUGUUAUCAAUAAAAUGGACUUAUAUGGUGGACUGCGGUUUGCAAGUAAUCAAUUAUUUGAUAUGA